UAGAAGUCUAUGCUUGCGAACAGCUGUCUCGCUGUCGAGAAUUGAGAAGGUAAUCGACGAAAAAAUGUCGCGGAAGGCGAUUAAGGCGAUUAAUUGGGCGGCUCUCGCCGAAAGGAUUCCGGAGACGGAAAAAACCGCGUUCGUCGCCUUUAAAGCCAAGUCUGAUCAACAUCUGCGACGAAUGACUGCGAAUCCAGAAGCACCUCCGAAGAUUGACUGGGCAUAUUACAAGAAAAAUGUUGCUUUAGCCGGAUUAGUCGAUAAAUUUCAGAAGGAUUAUGAAUCCAUCUCAGUGCCAUAUCCAACAGAUAAAUAUACUUCGCAAAUUGAGGCUCAAGAAAAGGAUCUGUUUGUUCAAAUCGAGCAAUUUAUCAAGGAUUCGAAUGAACGUAUCGCUACUGCCAGCAAGGAAGUCGAGAGAGUAAAGAGUUUGUUACCGUUCUCCGAAAUGACCAUGGAAGAUUUCCGAGACUUCUGUCCGGAGCAGGCUCUCAAUCCUGACAAGCCAACAAUUUGGCCGCACACACCGGAAGUGCAGCCGGAGAACGAGCAAGGGCGACCGUCGCAUCAUUAACUUUGUGCUACAAUAUGUCCUGAAAAUGGUUGAAAUGUAAAAUGUAGUCAUAAGUCUAGCAUAUGACUCAAAACUGUAUAUUAAGUCGAAAAAAAAUUGUUUCCUUUA